AUCACCACAACACAACGGAAUCAAGUCGCAACACAACGGAAAUGCUCCGACCACUAGGGGGCAGUGUCGGCACUGAAAAGCCGAUCUCCCCAGGACACGAAGAGAUUCUCUCUAUAUGUAAGUAAUGUGAGCAUAAUAUGUGUAAUAAUUUUUAAAUGAACAAAAUAUGUUUUAUUGAAUGUUUGGAUAUCCUAAUUAUCUUAAUGUAUCGAUUCAUAAAACGAGCAAAAAAUAAAUUACUUUCGAUUUGGACAACUUAGAUCUGCUUUUGUUUCAUUAUUGCCUGAUAGUCAGCUAAAAUGUUUAAUUUCAACCGUUGUCUUUAUAGGCUGGCAUGUUUUGUCCAUUUUGUGGAAAUGAUCUGGGGAUUAUUAUAGCCUUUUGUGGCUCGUGUGGUUCUAAUGUCCAGUUUUUGGCUGAAGUUCAAAGUGGUAAGUGGGCCUAUGUAUGAAUUCAGCUUGAUCAUAUGAUCGGAUGUAAUUUAUACACACAUUUUGAACACUGGGCUCAAAUGCACAAAUAAUCAUGAAAAUAUUAGAACAUUUAGAACCUAAAGUCUAGUGUGUAUCUAAAACAUAAGUUACUGUUAUUGUAGCAUACUUUUUAUUAACUGAAUUCUUUGAGGCAGGUGGUUCUACCAGUUAAAAUUGUAACUCAAUAAUACCCUUUCUAUUAUGUAUUGAAAGCUUGAGUGUGUCCAAUAACCAAUUACAUUAUGUAUGUACAUUAUGUAAAAAACAUUACAUAUUAAUGCUAUGUUUUCUUGAUGGUUAGAGUCAUCAGUCCAUGUUUCUGAGGAUGAUCUUCUUCUAAAGUACUUCAGAGAUGGACACAGUUACAGUGUCAUUGUGGAUUUCUUGGCAUCGAAGCACAACAUUAAAAUGAGCCUUCGUACCCUGAAAAAAAAAUUGAACAGACUGUCUUUGUACAAACGAAAAAACUACUCGCCUUUGGACAAUGUCCGGACAGCUAUCAUUGCAGAGUUGAAUGGUUCUGGACAGCAUUAUGGUUACCGCACAAUGUGCCAGACCCUACGCCAAAAACACAAUCUUACGGUGAGAAGGCAAGAUGUAAUGCUUAUGAUGGCAGACCUUGACCCAUUAGGUAUUGAACAACGCUCAAGAAGAAGAUUUGUGAGAAGGGUCUACCAUUCUUUGGGGCCAAAUCAUGUUUGGCACAUUGAUGGCUAUGACAAAUUAAAACCAUACGGUUUGGCUAUAAGUGGCUGCAUUGAUGGUUACUCACGUAAAGUGAUGUGGUUAGUUUGUGGAGCUAGCAAUAACAACCCAGAUAUUAUAGCUCAUCAUUACCUACAGUGUGCUACUGAAUUUGGGGUCAUACCAAAGCUUCUUCGCACAGACUGUGGAACUGAAAAUGGAACUAUGGCUGCAAUCCAAUGUUCUCUGAGAUCAGUCCACACAGAUGACCUUGCAGGAGCUUCAAGCCAUAUGUAUGGCUCCUCAACCACAAACCAACGAAUUGAAAGCUGGUGGUCAUACUUCAGAAAACAAAGGUCUCAGUUCUGGAUGGAUCUUCUAAAUGACCUGAAAGAGAAACAACUCUUUAAUGGCAGUCAUGAGCAUAUAUGCUUGGUGCGUUUUGUGUUUUUAAGUGUGCUGCAGAUUGACCUUGAUGAAUGCAAAGAAAUUUGGAACACUCACACCAUUAGGGCAGUUAAACAGUCUCGCUGUCCUUCUGGUAAACCAGAUGCAAUGUAUGCUCUUCCACACAGGUUUAAUGGGAGAGAAUGUGGAUUUCGUGUCUCACAGGAAGACUUGGACCACUUUUUCAUUGAACCGACUAUUAGUACUUGUGGAGAUGAACAGCUUCAGGCCAACUUUGAAGAACUACAUGCUCAAAGCAAUCUGACUGCACCUCACACUUGGGAAACUGGUGUGGAGAACUAUAUAACUUUAAAGAACAUGGCCCGCAUUUAA